CCAAAUAGGAAACUUUAAAUUUUUUUUAUCUCGUAAUCCGUGAGUCUCCGCAACUUGAAAUUUUGCAAAAAGCUUUCUAUUUAUGAGUACUAUGACAAAAAAAUUGUGAACUUCCAAAUCGACAGACCAUAAAGGAAAGGUUAGCCAACGGCUAACUUAUGUCGGACAUUUUAUAAACAAAUUUAUAAUCCUUAAAACCCAAUAGAUAACAAUGUUUUUUUCGACCAAAUCAUCGUAAAGCAUGCCUAAUAACUGAUAAAAUUAAAAUCGAAUGAAUAUUUUUUCACCUUAUCUGUUAUCUUAAAUUAAAACUUGCAAAACUGCUAAAGUCACUACCCACCUACCAAUUUAUUUUUGUUAAACAAAGAGCGUAUAUUUUAUUUAAGUUAUAAUUAGAACUAGAUAAAAUGACAACUGUUCAUAACAACAUCGUAUCAGGUCCAGAAGAAAGGCCCAUUCCAGCUCAUUUAUCAUUUGGUCAAUAUUUGUUUGAUCAACUAAAAAAAGGUGGAGACCGUGUAGCGCUGGUGAGUGCAGAAACUGGAGAACCUAAAAGUUACAAUUUUUUUUUACAAAAUAGUGUUAAUUUAGCACUGACUCUCCAAGAAUUGGGACUAAAGAAAGGUGAUGUAGUCUCCCUAAGCAGUGAAAACCGAUUUGAAUUUAUUGUAACUUCCCUAGCCGUUAUAUACUGCGGAGGUGUUCUCUCUACACUUAAUAUAACAUAUUCACCAGGUGAAAUUAUUCAUAUUCUUAACAUAACAAAGCCUAAGUUUGUAUUUACUUCGCCAAUCACAGCUCAGAAUGUGUAUGAUAGUUGUAAAGAUCUAUCAUAUGUGAAACACAUCAUUACAUUUGGAGACUUUGAUGUAAUCCCAGGCCUUAUGUACAAUGACUUAAUGAAGAAGGAACAUAAUAAUGUGGAAGAUUUCUCAUUAGUUGAUGUAAAUGGAGUCGAGGAUACUGUUGCAGUCAUGUGCUCAUCAGGCACAACCGGCUUGCCUAAGGGUGUUAUGCUCACACAUGUCAACUUUCUGACAUUAUGUGCUCAUUAUAAGUAUUAUUUUGAUUCUGUGCAAGAGAAGAAGAAAGUUCCAAUAGUGACUGGUUUAGCACUGAUACCUUGGUUCCAUGCAUACGGUUUCAUAACUACAUUUGCUCUAAUGGCAAUGAAAAUCAGAAUUGUCUUUCUAAUUCGGUUUGAGGGUGAAAAGUUUUUGGAAACAAUUCAAAAUUAUAAGAUAAACAUGACCACAAUUGUACCUCCAUUGGCAGUUUUCCUAGCAAAACAUCCACUGGUACUUAAAUAUGAUUUGUCUUCUUUGCAUGAAGUGUGGUGUGGAGCCGCUCCACUUUCAAGUGAAAUACAAAAAGCUGUCACCAAAAGGACGGGUAUUGACUUCAUUAAACAGGGUUAUGGCUUAACCGAGGCAACAAUGGCUUGUUGUGUUGAUUUAACCAGUGGUGAAAAAGUAGGAUCAUGUGGUACACCUGCCCCUGGCAUGAAAAUUAAGGUAUAAGAAUUAAAAAAUAUAUAUAGUCCAACUAGGAUUUCUUUCAAAACUACAAGAUAAUAAUUCUGAAAUGUUAACAGCUACUAAGCUAUGAUACCUCGUAAAAAACAAUAGAUUAAUAAAGAAUAGAUUGCUUAAACUCUGCCCGUUUCAUUAAUAGACUAGCAAAGACAGCAUUGGCUAGUAAUGGUAUCCUACCUUUAAAACGGAAAACCGCCUUGACAUGUCCUGGCUCACAAAUAGGUACCGCGAUUCCACCCAUUCUAAAUUUGGAAUAAAAUAAAUAAAAUGGAAUAUAACCAAAAAGUAAAGCUGAGUUAUACCGGUUGUCCUUGAUUAUUAAAAUCUGUUUUCACUGGCAUAUUUCCGGAUCGAUUCAAUGUAACAAUUAUGGAGGGCUCCAAAAUUGUAACGAGAAAAAACCUUAUGCAGGGUUUUGUAUCGGUUAAGCAUCGAACCAUAAACUCUGACCAGAAAGAGUUUCAUUAAAUUGAUAUUUUCUGCAUAAACUCAAACUAACGAAUAAACAAAUAGACAAAUAGCAUUAAUAUCGGUAAUUUGGAACGUUAUUCACCUAAAAUAUAUUGUAAUUGUAUAAUUUUUUGUAAAUAUUUUGAUGCUGUCUAAAAAGUGUUGUGGAAUAGGGACCGCUUUGUUGAAUAUAGAGUAACGUAUAAUAGCCGGCAAACUUCUUGAGCAUUUGUUGACGUAGUGGGGGUAAGUUCGCGCAUGGUACACUCACGUGCAAA